UAGUUCAAGUGGCUUAUUAUUACUUCUCAUGUUGACUAAGCCCACAUACACAUUUAAUACUACACACUACCCAUACUGCUUUUUGGGGUCAUUCUCUUCCUUGUAACUCUUUUCUACUCUCUGUACUAGCUUAGCAAGUAGAGAUGAAGCUUCUAAAAUCUCUAAUAUGCAUAUAACCCUCUAAAAUCUUGAAGCUGCUGCUCUUGUACUCAAUUUUGAGCAAACUGAUAGUUAAAGCAAGGCAAGAAUACAGAGUUGAAAAAGUAAAGUUAUUGCUGCUACAAAAUUUGGGCAACUGCCAUAUUUAUAAAUGAAGUUUAUGAAGCUUGGAUUGAAUCCAGACACCUUCUACACAGAGGAGGCGACGAGGACUGUGAUAUCAGAUGUGCCAACUGACCUCACCAUUAGGAUAGAUGGCAUGAGCUAUCUUCUCCACAAGUCUUGUCUUGUACCAAAAUGUGGCCUAUUGCAAAGGCUUUUAUCUGAGCAAGGUGAUGGUGCCGUGGAGCUACAUGACGUCCCGGGAGGUGAGGAGGCGUUUGAGCUUUGUGCCAAGUUCUGUUACGGGAUCACGAUCAACCUCAGUGCACACAACUUUGUGCCAGCAUUCUGUGCUGCUAGUUUCCUGCGAAUGACUGAGAAAGUUGAAAAUGGGAAUUUCAUCGCGAAGCUAGAGGCCUUCUUCUCAUCGUGCAUCCUCCAAGCGUGGAAGGAUUCUCUCAUCACGCUCCAGAGCGCUGAGAGAGCGUACGAGUGGUGUGAAAAUCUUGGCAUUGUGAGACGAUGCAUUGAGUCCAUAGUCGACAAGAUUCUGACGCCUCCAACCAAGGUUAAGUGGUCUUACACGUACACGAGGCCGGGGUACGUUAGGAAAAGGCGCGAUUCAGUGCCAAAGGACUGGUGGACGGAGGACUUAUCCUGCCUUGGCAUGGACAUGUGGAGCAGCAUAGUGACUACAAUCUCCUCAACCAACAUGCUGCAGCCGCAGCUCAUUGGCGAGGCAUUGCACGUCUAUGCACAAUGCUGGCUGCUCGACUCCUCAGAGGGCUCCCGCGACUCUCCCAACAGAAAACGGAGAAUCCUUGAGACAAUUGUGAGGCUCAUUCCAGCAGAAAAAGGGUCUGUCUCGAUCAGAUUCCUGCUGAGGCUCCUCAGCAGUGCUAACUCUCUUGGAGCGUCUUCAGUGUCGAAAGCAGAACUCCUGAAGCUUUCCGGGCUGCAGCUAGACGAGGCCACAUUGCCCGACUUGCUGCUGCCAGCUCAAUCCCCUAAUGCUGCAACCUCACAUGACAUUGAUCUGGUUAAGAUGGUUGCACGAAGCUUCUUGAGGCAGUGGAAACGGCGCAACACUGCAGGCGAAAGCCAGUCUCUACGAGCAAUGCAUAAGGUGGGGAACCUCAUUGAUUCGUACCUGCAAGUAGUUGCAAAGGAUGCAAGAAUGCCAGCUCAGAAAAUGGUGUCUCUGAUUGAAAGUAUUCCAGCAACAGCACGACCUCAACAAGACCAUCUCUACAAAGCAAUCAAUAUUUAUCUCAAGGAGCAUCCUGAUGUGAGCAAAGCAGAUAAGAAACACCUCUGCAGCUUCUUAGACUGCCAAAAACUGUCUCCAGAAGUGCGAUCGCACGCUGUCAAGAACGAGAGGCUGCCAUUAAGAACGGUGGUGCAGGUUCUCUUCUUCGAGCAGGAGAAAAGCAACAGCACCACAGACAAAAAACACACAUCUUCGAAGCAGCUUGAAAACUCGGUCGUUAGAGAUGAUCUUAGCAAGCUAAAAGUAACUAGUGCAGCAGAGGAGCAAGGCAAUGGUACUAGGCCUAAAGCGCAUGGGACAAGUGGAGCACUUCACCACUCCAUGAGGAAGUUGGAAAGCAAGGCACAGCUCAGCCAGGAGCCUAGCUUUAAGGUGAAGCUGGAGAAGGAGACCAACGAAGGCCCGGGAGACGCUGCUGCACCUCAGCUAAAUCCUAGCAACAGAGCUCAAAUGAGAAGUGUUUCGAAGAUGACACACAUUAAACGCUGAGAAAGAUAGCUAUACAUGAUUUUAUGCCUUCUCCAUUCUCUGUAUUGAUUUUCGUUGGAGUUGUUGUAGGAGUGAGAUUGUGAACCUAUGCAAACAUACUAGUUAGUAGUAGUGCGUCAUAUGUAGAAGAAAGUUAUUAUUCUUGACAGAUUUGAAUAAUAGAAUUUUAAAAUAUUUAUGUGAUUA